UCAUGACUUGGAACCGUGACCGUUGACUUGCCUUUUUGUCUUCAAGUUUCAGUUUUACAAAGAACGCCCUUUAUCCAGAGUUUUGAGGGUAAUAAAUUAGAUUAAAACUCAACAACUUGAGAUUUAUGUUUUUCGUCCAACGGUUUUUCUCACGACAGUCAAUUUAUUCAUCCCCUGUUCAUUGUUUGUCCUUAUGGUUUUAUUUUAAAUGUUAUUAUAAAAUUUUCCAACGGCAUUAAAAUUUUAUCCUAAAACAAUAAUUCAAAAACUCGCGGAUUAAAAUGGCCGAUAAAUAGUGCCAUCUAUAAUAUUCAAGCCCAGGACAUCACACCUUCCCCCAUAUAAUAAAAAUUAGACUCUACACGAGUCUAAUUUUUAGACACUUAUUCUAUUAUUCAAUUCAUCUUAAUAGGAAUCUUAUGUAUGUUAUUACUUGUUUAAAGUUUACUACUUGCUAUCUCUUUAUACAUAAUCUUAGAAGUCUAUGUUCUAUUUAAUUACUUCUUCUGUAGAAAUGCUGGCUUCAACUUAUUUACGUGUACAGUUUUCGUUCGAUAGUCUGUCAAUUUUAUCACUGCAUUCUCGUUGUUUGUAACUUUCUGUACCUCAUAUGGUCCUAGAUAGUUCGCAUCUAAUUUACAGGUUUUAGCAUCAUUAAUUAAAAAUACCCAAUCCCCCGGCUGGAAAUGUCUCUGAUUCAUAGCCCUAUCAUAAUACAGCUUAGAUCUAAAUUUUGCUAAAUCAACAUUAUCUGCUGCGCUUAACUGUGUGGUACGUAAUUUAUCUACUAAAUCGCCUAAAUAAUCAGUAUAUACAGGUGUUCUGCUCUCUUUUACGAAGCUAGAUGGGAUACGCGCUAAUCUACCAAAAACUAAUUCAUGUGGUGUGAACCCUGUUGACUCAUGAACGGAUGUAUUAUAUGAGAACAUAGCAUAUUUGAUCCAAGUAUCCCAGUCUCUGUCAGAGUCAAUAAAAUUCUUCAAAUACUCGACUAAAACCAAGUGACUUCUCUCGAGAGACCCGUUAGUCUGAGGAUGAAAUGCUGUAGUCUUUAACUGUUGAAUUUUGAAUAAUUUUGCUAAAUGUUUCAUUACUUCCCCAAUGAAAUUUGAUCCUUGAUCAGUCAGAAUUGCUUCCGGACAACCAAAAACACAAAUGAAAUUUUCCGUGAAGGCCUUUGCAAUAUUGAGACAGGAGAUAUUAUUUUCCCUUCGCGCCUGUGAACUUUUCCCUGUUCUCGGGAAUCUUAUUAAAAUUAUAAAAUCUAAAAUACUCUAAUUUAUUAAAUUAUUACGACAAUACGGUCGAUGUUAAUGCGCAUGCGUCAAGGGACACAUUUUGACUACCCCUGCGCAUGCGAAGGUGGGGCAACAAGUUGCCUGAGGCCCACGAGACACUCUUCGCCCGACAGCGAUAAUAUUCGCACCCUAAUCUGUUAUUUUGUGUCAAUUUGCGUUACUUGUAAUAUUUUGUGAUUGUGGAAAGAGUCGAUCCCCGAGGACAUUGUGUAUUAUACAGACAGGGUACUGUCGACAUAUAUUGUUGAACGAGAACGAACAUCAUCUCAACAUGGGAGACAAAGACUACUCUCCAUCAGCAGAUACAGACAAUGAAACGGAGCCUCAGCUAGACAGCGAAGUGCCCAAUGUCGACAAUAUCGACACAGCCUUGCAGAGCCUGACGUUAAACCAAUCAGGACUCAACGCCAAGACAUUGUCGACAACCUUACAGUCGAUAACCUCAACAACUACAUUGGGAAACACAAUAAUUAGCGGGAUCCAGAUCGACAAGCGCAACAUCGAAGACCUGAAACUAACCCCGUUACAACAGGGAGCCAUCCCAAAAGCUUCAAAGAUCUCCGAGGAUUCCCUCUCGCCAGAGGCAUGGGUGUUACUCCAUGAGAUCAGCGGUAGGGAACCGCCAAAAGAUUCCGCUAAAUGGAAAAUAUAUUCCAAGCGGGAAAUCGACAACGAGAACGCCAUGCGUCGACGUACACCAGGUGCAUUCCUGCCUAAAUUGAAAUCCCCAUCUACUGCCAGAGCAAUAAGAUCGACAGACGACCCUCAAGUCCUUCUCGCACCAUCAGUAACGGUGUACCCAGCUCCGGUACCAAAAUCGACAUCCUUCUCCGAGUUUCUCGAAGAACACAACAUUACGUCGAUCACAGCAACAGAGAAUGGUCGGCCACAGUACCUGCUCGAUGACGAUCAGUUGAAGCAGCUUAUAAUCGGCCGCGCUCAAACACUUGUGGCCAGGAUGGACGCUAAGAAAAUAGACAGAGGGACUCAAACCUAUGUGAGCCAAUCAGGCAAGCAACACACGGUGGGUUGUCUCAACUGCGGCGCUGAACAUCAUUACACCAAGUGUCAGCUACCCUUACGUCCGGGAUUCUGCCAUGUUUGUGGUGCCAAAGGUUACGAUGCAGAAGAUUGUCCCUACCCUCAUGGGGUAGAGCACGAAUACGCUCUGGGUCGAUGCUGGGGAUGUUCUAAAGAACAGAGCUUGUAUGAUCCCAAUUGCCCAGACUGCAACAUACGUUGGGAAGGCAUGGUCGACUGGAUGAGAUUGAACUACGCUACCUGGCCAGCAUGGCUCAUCCCACCCGAACAUCGAGUGAUGGUUGGAGAAGAGUCGAAAGAAAUCGAGUCGAUGCUGAAGCGAAAAAUAAAAUAUAAAUUUAACAACCCUCAUGAUGCCCCAAAUAAACUUCGACGUUUCCUCAUCAGGGAAAACGCUCUGGUGGGCGCACCCACGUUGGCCAACCCAAAACUACCAAAACCCAUCGACCUGUCUGAGGAGAAACGUAGGCUAGCUGUACAGGCGCUACAGGCCCCUGUAGCUCUACAUCAUCUCGAUGAAAUCAUGAAAGAGCGUCCUGAACUGAAGGACGGCGAGGGAUAUACGGUGUUGAUCCCAGCCAAAUACAAGAAAACCAGCACCAAAAAACCAACCAACGACUGAAUCAUUGACGACCUCAAUCAAGUCAAACCUCGACCAUUUCAUGUCGAUCAUUCUUUAUUUUCUUUUCAUUUCAUAAAACUAAUUGACCAUUAUAAUACAUGCUGCAAGGUCAACUUCAUUUUUUAUUCCAUGUAAUACUAUUUGUUCUUCAAAAAUAAAAAUUUCUUUAAAUUCUCCA